AGCAAGUAUGUAAAACGCUAACAUGCCUUUGACACAAGAGUUCUCAGAAGCAAAACUGUAUAAAAUUGGAGACACCCAAACUAGGUCAUUUCUCAUCUGUUGGCACAGCAGGUGUUAUUCUGAUGUUUAAUUUCAACAUCUCCUUUGAUUUAGUUCUGAAGAGCUUUGACGGAAUUAGAGAGCGCAAUGGGAAAUACUGUGAAAACGCCGAGAGCUUCUGAAGAAACAAAUGUGCCAAGCCAAACGGGUCAGGAGAGUGAUUUCCUUGCUGUCCUCUAUGACUAUCCUUCACCAGACAUAAGUCAACCUAUUUUUCAUGUAGGGGAAAAACUCCGCGUGAUAUCAGAUGAAGGAGGCUGGUGGAGAGUCCAUUCCCUAACAACAGGUCGAGAAAACUAUAUUCCAGGAAAAUAUGUAGCAAAGGUUUACCAUGGCUGGUUAUUUGAAGGGUUGGGAAGAGAAAAAGCAGAGGAACUUCUACAGCUACCCAACACCAAGGUUGGCUCCUUCAUGAUCAGAGAGAGUGAAACCAGGAAAGGGUUAUAUUCCUUGUCAGUGCGGCACAGGCAAGUGAAACAUUACAGAAUCUUCCGCCUUCCAAAUAACUGGUAUUACAUCUCUCCACGGCAAACCUUUCAGUGCCUUGAAGACCUUGUGAAUCACUACUCAGAAGUUGCGGAUGGUCUCUGCUGUGUCCUUACAACACCCUGUCUCACCCAGUGCGCUAACAGCAUAACAAAUCAAGUUCCUCCUGUGGUGAUGCGGAGUAAGAACUUCAACUGGAGAAACGUCCACAGGCUGGAGGUGACCGAAGAUACUGAAAGCACCCUGGCAGCAAUGGAUGAUUCUUGUCUCAGCUAUGGCCUGAGGGAAAGUAUCACUUCCUACCUCUCCUUGACAGGGGAUGACACUUCUUUUGCAAGUCCCAGAAAGAAGAAAGCCCAAUCUCUUAUAUACACAGGGAGCAAACGUAAGAGUACAUUUCACUUGCCACCUACAUACUAUGAGGACUAAAUAUAAGGCAACCAGGACAAAAU